AUGUCGACCACACCCUCUCCUGAACCCGCCGCGGCCGAGGCCACAGCUCCAGCCCCCGCCCCCGCGGCCACAACCUCUCAAGACCGUCUCGCCCGCUUCCGUGCCCUCCAAGCACGCGCCAAGGCGUCGUCCGACCAAAACCUCAAAGAGGCGACUAAGGAAUCCCAACGACUAGCCACCGACCCAACACAGCUUACUGCCCUCAACCGAAAGCACGCCAUAGCUUCGCACAAACUCCUCAAGGCCGACGUGGAGGAAUCUGGGGGGGACUUUGAGCGCAAACGGGCGUGGGAUUGGACGGUGGAGGAGAGUGAGCGAUGGGACAAGCGGAUGACGGGGAAAUGA